AUGCCCACCCCAGAGGCUGGGAACCAGUGCAUGUCCUACAUUAAUGGGGGGGUGAUGACCCCAGACCGGCUCAGUUCGGGGAAGCUGCAGGAGUUCGGCGUGGGUGAUGGCAGCAAGCUGACCUUGGUACCCACCGUGGAAGCGGGCCUCAUGUCUCAGGCCUCAAGGCCGGAGCAGUCUGUGAUGCAAGCCCUCGAGAGUCUCACGGAGACGCAGCCCCCAGCGGCGCCCGGGCCGGGCCGGGCUGGCGGAGGAGGCUUCCGGAAAUACAGAUUCAUUUUAUUUAAGCGUCCGUGGCACCGACAGGGACCCCAGAGCCCAGAGAGGGGCGGCGAGAGGCCCCAGGUCAGUGACUUCCUGUCGGGCCGCUCGCCACUGACACUGGCCUUGCGUGUGGGCGACCACAUGAUGUUCGUACAGCUGCAGCUCGCGGCCCAGCACGCUCCACUGCAACACCGCCAUGUGCUGGCCGCCGCCGCCGCCGCCGCCGCCGCUGCACGGGGGGACCCAAGCAUAGCCUCCCCCGUGUCCUCACCCUGCCGGCCCAUGUCCAGUGCCGCCCGAGUCCCCCCGGUGCCCACGAGCCCCUCCCCUGCGUCUCCCUCGCCCAUCACAGCCGGCUCUUUCCGGUCCCACGCAGCCUCCACCACCUGCCCAGAGAUGGACUGCUCCCCCACGGCCAGCAGCAGUGCCAGUCCUGGUGCCAGCACCGCGUCUACCCCAGGGGCCAGCCCUGCCCCCCGCUCCCGAAAACCCGGUGCCGUCAUCGAGAGCUUCGUGAAUCACGCCCCAGGGGUCUUCUCAGGGACCUUCUCCGGCACGCUACACCCCAACUGCCAAGACAGCAGCGGGCGGCCACGGCGUGACAUCGGCACCAUCCUGCAGAUCCUCAAUGACCUCCUGAGCGCCACCCGGCACUACCAGGGCAUGCCCCCCUCGCUGGCCCAGCUCCGCUGCCACGCCCAGUGCUCCCCGGCUUCGCCGGCCCCCGACCUGGCCCCCAGAACUACCUCCUGCGAGAAGCUCGCGGCUGCCCCCGCAGCCUCCCUGCUGCAGGGCCAGAGCCAGAUCCGCAUGUGCAAGCCUCCGGGGGACCGGCUUCGGCAGACGGAAAACCGCGCCACACGCUGCAAGGUAGAACGGCUGCAGCUGCUCCUGCAGCAGAAACGGCUGCGUAGAAAGGCCCGGCGGGACGCGCGGGGUCCGUACCACUGGUCACCCAGCCGCAAGGCCGGCCGCAGCGACAGCAGUAGCAGCGGGGGCGGUGGCAGCUCCAGCGAGGCCUCCGGCCUGGGCCUCGACUUCGAGGACUCCGUGUGGAAGCCAGAAGUCAACCCUGACAUCAAGUCAGAGUUCGUGGUGGCUUAGGAUCUUCGGAUCGGCCACCCUUGCCCCUCGAACCCCAGCCCAGGGCGGCGGGGACUCGGAGAGCCCCGGAGAGAGUGUGGUCCAGCUCUGGAGGGCAGGCGGCCACUCCCCCCAGCCACAAGCCUUUUUUUUUUCCUUCUUUUUUAUUAUUUUUUUCUUUUUUUAAAAAGUUCAGACUGUGGUUUCCUGGACUCUUCAUGGGCUUUGCUUCCUACCUCCUUCACCCUCCACUCCUGCCCUCCUCUUCCUCCUUCACUUCCUC